GCUGCUCCUGAGCAUCUAGACCAGAGGCAGCGCUGCAGCUCUGUGCCUGAGCGACUCCAGGGUUUGGAUACAGAUGUCCGCGUGCAACAGCAGAACCGAAGUAAAACCACCAAGCAUCCAGAAUGAGGGGCGGAGCGGUUCUCCUCAGCAUCUUCACCGCCGCUUGUUUCUCUGCGGUCUCUGCUCAGGUUCCAGAGUGUGAAAGCGCCACAUUAGGGGACAUCGUCUUCCUGGUCGACAGCUCCGGUAGCAUUGGCAGUGAAAACUUUGCGACAGUCCGCACCUUUCUCAGGAAUGUCAUUGAGAACCUUGACAUCGGACCUGAUAAGGUGCGGGUUGGCUUGGCGCAGUUUGGCACCGACCCUAAAGAGGAGUUCCUGCUGACAGAUCCCAGGGACAAGGAAUCCCUGUUGAAUGUCGUGGACAACAUUUCUUUCCUUAGAAGCACAAGCACAAAUACAGGCCAGGCCCUCGACUUCAUCCGGGAGAAUUAUUUCUCAGAUGUCAGGACCUUACCUGGCCAGAAGGUGCCUCAGAUCGCCGUGGUAUUGACAGAUGGAGCGUCCAAUGACGAAGUGGAUGAACCGGCAUUCCUUCUCACACGAAAGGGAGUCCUUGUGUUUGCUAUUGGGGUGGGAAAUCCCAACCUGGACCAGCUUAAGAUGAUUGCUAACAAACCCUCAGAACAGUUUGUUUUCAGCAUUGAAAGCUUUCAGGCUCUGCAGGCUCUGACCAACACUAUGCUGAAACGUGUGUGCACCAUCAUGGAGGCCAAGAGACAAGCUUUGGCCGAGAAAUUUGCAGACGUCUUUUUCCUGGUUGACAACGCUUUACCUGCACGGCAGUUCACCCUGUUCAGGAAUGAGUUGGAGAAAUUCACCAGACAGUUUGACGUUGCACAGUCCAGCUACCGAAUGGGUUUGGCCCAGUUUGAUCAAGAUGUCAAGGUUGAGUUCUUUCUGAAUGCUCAUAGAACUCAGGCCCAGUAUGUCAGAACAAUAAGAAACAUUAAACUGAGGUCACAAACUGGCCAAUCCCCGAACCUGGCCGGUGCGUUGGAUUACGCGGCGGAAAACUUUUUCAGGCCUGAAAACGGGGGCAGAGCAAAUCAAGGAGCUCGGCAGUAUUUGGUUGUUGUUCUUGCAAAAGAUUCAGACGAUCCUGUGUUUUUUGCUGCCAAAAGGAUCAAAUCUGAAGGAGUGACUAUUGUAGGGAUGAGCGUGAAUGUGGCCAUAGAAAGAAUGCUGCGCUUUGCCAGCGAUGGAUAUGCCUUCGAUAAUCUGAGAGUUACUGGGCUGAAGGAUGUCGUCACUGUCCAAGAAGUGGAACUAGUCUCUGAAGACAGCAAGGAACUCAAAAAUGCAGACGUCGUCUUCAUCAUCAGUGAUUCAGACGGUACCGGGCCCACAAACUUCCAGCUGAUCCAAACCUUUUUGAAGUCCCUGAUCAGCAGACUCACUGUCAGUCAGGACAGAGUCAGAGUUGGCUUUGUUACCUACAAUGAUCAGCCCACAGCAAAGGCUUAUCUGGACAGCUUCCAGAACAGGACAGAGGUUCUGACGUUCAUCAACACACUCUCUUACAGCGGUGGUGGCACCAGAACUGGAGAUGCUCUGAGUUUCGCCGGGACGUCAAUCUUCCCCCCAGGGAUAAGGGGAAGCAGGAAGGAUGUCGGGAAGAUAGCUAUAGUCGUCACGGGUGGUAAAUCCCAGGAUAGUGUGAGGGAAGCAGCGAUAGCGCUCCAUCGGGACGAUGUCCAGGUUUUUGCGAUUGGACUGAAAGAGAACAUAAUAGAACUGUCUGACUUGGCAUCUUACCCCACCAACAGGCAAGUUUUUGCUUUGGACAGUUUUGUGCAACUGAGACCGCAGAAGGACCUCCUGCUGAAGAGCAUAUUAAGCUCCAUCUCUGAGAGCUCUAUCAACGCCUUUAUAAACAACGCAGACAUAAAGGAAGCAUGUGACCAGAGAAAGGAAGCAAACAUCUUCUUCCUCAUAGACGACUCAGACGGCCUUUCUGACUCAGAUCUCUCUGACACAAAGAAGUUCAUCUCUGACUUUGUGAAAUUAUUUCGUAUUGGGAUGGAAAAUGUUCGCGUUGGGCUCACGAAAUACUCAGACUCACCUACAGAACAAUUUUUCAUGGACAGCCAAUCAUCUGCUUCAGACGUGGAGAGAGCUCUGAGGGCCAUUUCCCAUGAAGGUGGUGGGAGAAACACAGGGAGAGCCAUUGGAUUCAUGGAAAAUCGUUUGAAGCAGGUGGCGUCUCGUCAGGUUCCAACGUAUCUGGUCAUCAUCACCUCAGGAGAGUCUGACGACGAGGUCAGACGUCCAGCUGAGAAAAUAAAGGAGCAAGGCGUGAUGGUCAUUGCUGUUGGUGUGAAGAACUCAAUCAGAGCUCAGCUGCAGGAGAUUUCCGGGGAUCCAGGGAGAACCUUCAGUAUCAGCGACUAUCAUUUCCUCAAAUGGAUCAAAAAUGAUAUUCUAGCGCAAAUCUGUGGUCCAGCAGUUUGUGAGGAUGCGCCCAGCGACAUUAUGUUCUUAAUUGAAAACUCUGAGAGGAUCACCAGCGAAGACUUUGAGAAGAUGAAAGAAUUUAUGAAAUCUGUUGUUAGCAAGUCUAUUGGAGGCCAGAACAACGUGCAUGUGGGCGUCAUGCAGUUUAGCACCAGGCCUAAAUUAGAGUUUCCCCUGAAAAGGUACGUCAGCAAGGAGGACAUACUGAGAGCCAUCGACAACAUCAAGCAGUUAAACGGAAACGUUCAAACAGGACUGGCCCUCAGCCAGGUUUCCAGGUACUUUGAUACCGCUGCAGGAGGACGAACUGAACUGAGGCAGAACCUGGUGCUCAUUACAUUCAACAAGGCAGUGGAUGAUGUUGCAGGUCCUGCAAAGGCUCUGAGGGACAAAGGAGUGUUCAUCUACUCAAUUGGAGUGGUGGACGCUAACUACGCCCAGCUGCAAGAGAUCAGCGCCUCUAAAGAAAGAGUCAUUAAUGAAGUAAACAUCGAUCUCGUGAAAGAAAUGGACGGCCUGCUGGCAAUGAGGUUCUGCGAUCCACAAAGAGAUUGUAAGCAGGUUGGAGUGGCUGAUAUCAUCUUCCUGGUGGACGGCUCAACAAGUAUAGAUGAUAAGUUCGGAAGCAUGCUGAACUUUAUGGAGUCUAUAGUCAACAGGACCACAGUUGCAGAAAACGCCACACGCUUCGGAGCCAUCAUUUACUCUAAUGAGCCUCAAAUAAAGUUCACCCUAAAGGAUUUCAACUCCAACAGAGAGGUUCGUAAUGCAGUAAAAGCCCUGAAGGCACCAAACGGGGACACCUACACCAGCAAAGCUUUGGAGUACUCGUUACCGUUCUUUGACGAGGAAUACGGCGGCCGGAGAAAACGCAACAUUCCUCAGUUUCUCAUGGUGAUCACCGACGGGGAGGCCACAGACCACUAUCAGCUAAAGAAAUAUUCUGACAAUCUACGAGGAAAUAAUAUCACUGUCCUCAGCGUGGGAGUAAAGAAGGCAAACAUGAGUGAGCUGCUGGUCAUGGCUGGAAACCAAUCAGACAACGUCUUCUAUGUGGAGGAUUUCGACAAGCUAGAGAAGCUGUAUGGCAAAAUAACUAAAGUCAUCUGCAACCAGACCAAUAAAGCACGUUGUUCUCAGAUGGACGUGGUCUUUCUGUUCGAUCACUCCGGCAGCAUCAACAGCAACGAUCACCAACGCCUGAAAGAGUUCACUGUAGACAUAGUGAACACCCUGCCUGACGUCGGACAGAAACUGGUGCACUAUGGACUCGCACAGUUCGCCGCAGAGCCCAAACACGAGUUUUACCUCAACAACUACUACCAAAAGACGGAAGUAGUUGGUCACAUACUCAGGGUGAGGCAUGAGGGUGGAAACACAUACCUCGGCAGAGCCCUGAGGUUUAUAAAGGACUAUCUCAGCCCGGCGCGGGGCGGCCGCAGCGACGUGCCGAGGACAGUGGUGGUGUUCACGGACGGUAAUGCUCAUGACUAUGUGGAGGAACCAGGCAACGAACUCCGGGGGGUUGAGGGGGUCAAUGAGACCAACGUAAUAGCCGUAGCGGUUGGAGAUUACUAUUACACGAAGCUGCUGCAGGUUACCGGCGACCCACGGAAGGUUAUUCGUGUUGGUGAAAUAGAGAACCUGCAAAGAUUCAAGAGGAAGGUGGUGGAUGAAAUCUGCAAGGAAGUGGAGCCUCCUCCUCCUCCUCCUCCUACUCCUCCUCCUCCUACUCCACCUCCUCCUUCUCCUCCUCCAUACACAGGUGAAAUCUGCACCAUUGACAUCGCCGUAGGAUUUGACUUUUCUAGAGACGGAGACAUCGAUGUGCAACUUUUCCGACUCAUCGGUCCCCUCCGGGAAAUCGUCCACCACAUUUCUAAAGUCAGCGACCUUUGUUGCCCUGGUCCUGUCCAUACCAACAUCUCCUUUGGCAUCGUAGAUGUCCAGGGCAGAUCCUUAUUCAGCACAGAGUUUGAGACGUUCACGGAGGAAGUUCUGGACAGAGUCUUGUCCUAUUCAUGGUCCCGGUCGACCUUUUUCAACUCUGCCCAGCUGAAGUAUUUCAACGACCAGUUCAAGUCCAGAUCCGAAGCAAAAGUCAAGGUGCUGAUGAUCUUCUCUGACGGACUUAAUGAAGACGUGUUGCAGCUGAAGCAGGAAUCAGAGCGUCUGAGAAGCUCUGGGGUCAGCGCGCUGCUCACCGUGGCCUCUGGGGGCGCUAAUCCCUCCGAGAUCCAGGUGGUGGAGUUCGGACGAGGACACAACUACCAGGUUCCUCUGAGCAUCGCCCAGCCGAGCAUCAGCAGCACCAUCCUGCAACAGAUCAGGUCCGUAGCAAGUCGGGUCUGCUGCAACGUUUCGUGUGAAUGCUCCGGACCUCCGGGUGAUCCUGGGCUUCCUGGGUCACCAGGAGUAAAGGGUCGGCCUGGUGUCAAAGGCCACCGGGGCUAUCCUGGAGACGAAGGCUCGCCGGGCGGACGGGGGCCUCCUGGACUGGAUGGACCUCAGGGAACCAAAGGAUGUCCUGGAGCCAGAGGACAGAAGGGCUCCUACGGCUCCUCAGGCAACAGGGGGGAAGAUGGAGACGACGGAGUGAACGGAGUGGAUGGAGAGCAGGGCCAGGCGGGCAUGGAUGGGAUGAGAGGACCAAGAGGAGAUCCUGGAGGCUCGGGCAUCCCAGGGAACAGAGGCGAGGCCGGACUGAAAGGAGACCGAGGCCUGAGAGGAGAUCCCGGAGAACCCGGACGCAACAACCAGCGUCCAGGACGCAAAGGAGAACCUGGCAACCCGGGGAACCCGGGACAAGCUGGAGAGCCGGGGGCGAACGGAGGGAGGGGAGAGCGAGGGAAGGAGGGUCGGGAAGGAAAGCGAGGCGUCCCCGGCAGGCCGGGCCCCGCUGGUGAGAAGGGAGACCCAGGACCUCCAGGUGUGCCAGGAGCUUCAGGUCCACGGGGACCCAGAGGAGACAAUGGUCAGCAGGGACCAAGGGGGAUGACGGGUUUUCCUGGACGUCAGGGCAACCCGGGACGAAAGGGAGCUGAGGGAGGGGACGGACGCCCUGGUGCUAAUGGACAGAAGGGCCAGCCUGGAGACCCGGGUUCUAAAGGGGAACGAGGGAAAAGAGGCGUCCAAGGACCUCAGGGUGAAGACGGGCCAGAAGGCUCAGGACCAAAGGGAACCCCCGGGCCUCCGGGAGCUCCUGGAUUUCCUGGCUAUGCUGGUCCGUCGGGGGAGACGGGUCAGAAAGGAAGCAAAGGAUUUCCGGGUCGGAGAGGGAACUACGGUCGAGCUGGCAACUCUGGCCAGUCUGGAGGACCUGGAGAGGGCGGAGAUCCGGGAUAUCCAGGACACAAAGGGCUUCGAGGUCCUCCUGGAACCAGUGAAAAAACCGAGUGCGAACUGAUCACCUACGUCAGAGACAACUGUGCUUGUUGUCACGGUCCGCUCCAGUGCCCGGCCUACCCCACCGAGCUGGUCUUCGGCCUGGACAUGUCCAGCGACGUGGGCCCGGCAGACUUCAGGGAGCAGCGGCAGGUGGUGCUCUCCAUGCUGAAGGACGUCUCCAUCGCUGAGGGCAACUGUCCGAAGGGCGCCCGCGUCUCCGUGGUGGCGUACAGCCGGCACACCAAGCGCCUGGUCCGGUUCCAGGAGCACCGCGGCAGGAAGCAGCUGAUGGAAGCCGUGGAGAACCUGGCUCUGGAGCGCACCACGGAGAGGCGGCACCUCGGAGCCGCCAUGCGCUUCGUGGGCCGGAACGUCUUUAAGCGCGUCCGGGCCGGCCGCACCACGCGGAAGGUGGCGGUGUUUUUCUCCAACGGCCAGCCGCAGGACCCCAGCGACGUUGCUGCUGCCGUGAUGGAGUACCGAGCUCAGAACAUCAUCCUGGCCGUCAUCGCUCUGAAGAGCGCUCCCGGCGCCGCCCAGACGGCCGUCAGCCAGGCGCUGGAGGCGGAUGAUUCAGGUAACUCCAUCUUUGCUCAGGUGAGGAGGAAGCAGGACCUGGAGAAGGUCAAGAACUGUGCCGUGUGUUACGACCCCUGCAGGCCUUCAGAGGAGUGCUCCUUCAUCCGGGACCCGGCGCCGCCGCAGCAGGCGGACCUGGACCUGGUGAUGGUUCUGGACGGCUCCAGGGAGAUGCGGGCGGAUGAAUACGCCGGCGCCAAGCAGCUGCUGGGUUCUGUGGUGGAGCAGCUGGCCGUAAGCCCUCAGCCCCGCAGACCUGGAAGCCAGGCCCGAGUGGCCGUGGUCCAGCAGAGCGAAGCUCAGGCCGCUAAGGUGGAGUUCAACCUGCAGGCCUACCAGAACCAGGACCAGAUGAAGAACCACCUGCUGGACAGGACGCGGCAGCAGAGCGGCUCCUCGCUUCUGGGACGAACGCUGGACUACGCCCUGCAGGAGGUGCUGCUGAAGGCCGGCCAGCCGCGCAGCAGGAGGGCUCUGCUGACCGUGGUGGCCACCCAGACGGCCUACGGCGACCGGGCCAAGCUGCGCUACGUGGCCCUGAAGGCCAGGUGUGAAGGCGUGGCCGUGUUCGUGGUGGCGGUGGGCGAUCGCUACAAUCAGACGCAGGUGGAGGAGCUGGCCGGUCUACCUGUCCAUCAGCACCUGAUCCACGUCCGCCAGCUGAAGGCCGAGGAGCAGGGCUACGUUCAGCGCUUCUUCAGAGUCUUCCUCUCCGUCCUCAACAAGAGGCUGAACGCGUAUCCUCCUCCCUCCAUGAAGCCAGACUGCAGCCGGCUGACGCACCCAGACGACCUCUUCAUCAGGGAGGACGAUGCUCGCGGACAGGGUCCGGUUGCUGAUGAUUCCCAGGCUGGAAGGUGGAGUCCACAGCAGAAGGAAGAGGUCCCUGGUUCAGCUUCAGGGUCGCAGCUUGGAGAUGUCUGCCUUCUCGGUAAGGACAGCGGCAGCUGCAGGAAUUACACCUUUUUGUGGUUCUACGACAGCAAAAAGGCCCGAUGCGCCCGCUUCCUCUACAGCGGCUGUGGAGGCAAUGAGAACCGCUUCGGGACGAGGGAGGAGUGCGAGGACACGUGUCUGAGGAAGAGCUAAGGAAGAACUCUAACUAGAAAACCCUACGGUGCUAUUUCAGAAACCAAACCUAAUCAGGAGUCAACUGAGCCGGAUCAGAACACCAGCAACAUGCCUCAGGAGGAGUUGUCGAGCUUUAACUAUAGCUACAAACAUAUUGUCCUGUAUUUUAUACCAUGACACGUUUGAGAUAAAGCUCUUUGACUACGUCACUGUUUCCUGUCUGUCAGAAUAUUUGUCGUCUCGUUUAUUUUUUUAGGAGCUGACUGAGCAGCCAAUGAAAACAAAUUGUGUUGCUUGUUCAGCAGGCUUCAGUUUGUGUUGAUCACAAUCCUGGUUUUAAAAGACAACAUAAUUUAAUCUAUAUGGACGCAUCAAACUGUUUACUUCGUUCUGCAUAUCUGUGUGCUUCCUGGAUGGGGGGCACAAGCCUCCUUAAAGUAUUCAAACCAUUUGAACUCUCCUGUUACAUAACAAACUGUAAUGGAUUUCAUGUGGAACAGACUUUUUUUUUUUACCAAUAAAAAGUAUUAAGCCCUCAUUGAUCUAGUACCUCUCAAUAAGAAGUCGUCCAGUCAGUAAACCGUGUUUUAGAGGGCAGUGGCCAGAAGAUUUCUGACCUUUAAGGAGGAGAGAUGACUGAAAUGUUCUGGUUGUAAAAGUCAACAGAUCAGCGGUUUUAAAAAAGGGAUGAAAAGGGUUGCGGAUGGUUUGGUUGAUCCAUCUGGAGACCAUCUAGAGGUGAUGCCAGAGCUUCCCUCUCACAAUGACUUUAUGCUCUCAGAGCCCCACGGAGCAGCAGGACCAACCUCCUUCCAACCAGAACCUCCACCUGCUUCAGAUUGUUUUUAUUUGUUUACUGCAUAUUUUAGUGUUCAGUCUGAAUAUCUUCUGCUCAGAAGCAGGGAGGAUGUGUUUGUAGCUGUGCUGCCAUGGAACUGCAGGACCAAACCUACCCAGGGUUUAACAUUCAAAACUGUCAGAUGUUUUUCUUCCUGCUGUGAAGGAUUUCUUGAAUAAAAAGCUCUUUGGAAACAC